GGCCGGGGGGGGGGGGUCUCGCCCACCACCCCCAAUAUUUGGGUGGGGGGGGGUCCCCUAAACGUGUCCCCCCCCCCCCCAGGCGUGAACUGCCUGGCCUACGACGAGGCCAUCAUGGCGCAGCAGGACCGCAUCCAGCAGGAGAUCGCGGUGCAGAACCCGCUGGUGUCGGAGCGGCUGGAGCUGGCCGUGCUCUACAAGGAGUACGCGCAGGACGACCACGUCUACCAGCAGAAGAUCAAGGACCUGCUCCAGAAGUACUCCUACAUCCGCAAGACGCGGCCGGACGGGAACUGCUUCUACCGCGCCUUCGGCUUCGCGCACCUCGAGGCCCUGCUGGAGGACGGCCAGGAGCUGCAGCGGUUCAAGGAGAUCUCGGCGCGCAGCAAGGACGAGCUGGUGGCGCAGGGCUUCACCGAGUUCACGAUCGAGGACUUCCACAACACGGUGGGGGAACUGGGAGGCACUGGGGAGACGCUGGGGGGACUGGGAGGCACUGGGGAGACAGUGCGGGGACUGGGAGACACUGGGGAGACACUGGGGAGACAGUGCGGGGAUGCUGGGGGGACUGGGAGACACUGGGGAGAU